AUGGAUACCGCCAACGUAUCUACCGUUCAAACGACCUAUGGCUCACACCUGUUGCAUCUCGUGCACAGCUGGGACUUGGAACUUCCACCCCUGUCUGGCAGCACAAUGUGGAAAGUAUUCGCGGCAUUUUUUGCUGCGUAUGCGGUUGGCCAUGUCAUCUACAACUUAUACUUCCACCCACUUCGUGACUACCCUGGGCCACUUCUGGCAAGAUCGUCCUUGUUAUGGAGAUUCCUUCGCUCUAUGGAUGGUCGCUGGCACCGCCAUAUAGAGGAAUGUCACAAAACCUAUGGCAAUGUUGUUCGAGUGAGCCCGAGCGAACUGUCGUUCUGCACACCCUCUGCGUGGACAGACAUAUAUGGAUCAGGCGCCAAGGGUGCUGGUAAGGUGCUAUUGAAGAAUGAGUUCUACGACGUCUUCGGGUCCGGCUUCGAGGUCCAAUCCUUGGGCACCGAGCGCGAUCCAGUCCUGGCGCAGCAGAAACGUGCCCUGUUCGCCACUGCAUUGUCGGUCAAGGGUCUGGCUCAACAAGAGCCUAUCCUGCACGAGCACAUCGAUGCGUUCGUGAAUAAACUUGGUAAACUAGGUGGUGGCGACGACGGCGCCGAUAUGACCAAGUGGUUCAUAUUCAUAGGGUUUGAUAUCAUGGGACACAUGUCUUACGGAGAUUCUUUUCGAUGCGUCGAGAGGGAGGCGUCACACCCAUGGCUUGAUCUUAUGCUUGGGUUGAUGCACGCCGUUACAGUCAUCGACAACCUCCGGCGUCUUCCAUUGAUGGUGACGUUCGCGAAAUGGAUACCAGCCAGAUUCACAGAUAGUUUCAAAGACCGCAUGAUUCACUUUGUCAAGAUGAAGACUGCCGCUCGACUCGAGAAGGAAGUUGGACAGAAUGACUUCCUCGAGGUCGUUUCCGGCAAAACCCGCAAUGGAGAAAUUACUGUUGCAGAAAUGGAGGCGCAUGUCUGGAAUAUGGCAAUGGCUGGCGCUGAAACCAGCGGAAGCUCCAUGACCGCUACGCUGUUUUUCAUCCUCACGAGCCCAAAAGUGCAUCAAAAGCUGAACCAGGAAGUGCGGUCCACGUACGAUAGCUACGAAGACAUCAACCUCGUAUCGGCAACACAACUGCAGUAUCUUAUGGCUGUGUUGAAGGAAGGCUUGCGUAUCUUUCCCGUGGCAGCUCAGGGUACCCCACGAACAUCCCCCGGAUGCACUAUUGCUGGGCGCCAUGUGCCCAAAGGGACUGAACUCUACGUCUCUCCGUGGGCCAUCACACAUGACGAGCGCUUUUGGGACCAACCGUAUGACUUCAGACCGGAGCGAUGGAUUGAUCCUGAUUGCAAAGAUUUGAAGGCAGCUAGUCAACCAUUUUCUCUUGGUCCUCGCGUUUGUCCAGGGAAGCUGUAA